AUGGCAAAAUAUCAAUGGUAUAUGACUGCAAUGGAUGUCAGCCACAGAUUGUUCCUUUACACUCUUCUCGGUGGAUCACUUUAUAUGGUUGGAGGCUUUGCCUAUACUUCUUUUGUCACAAGUUCCCAAAACAAAAAGAAAAUAGAGGAAUACGUCGAUGAGCACAAAAAAGAGCAAGCUGUUUUGGAAUUGCCCAAAAAUUGA